CGGUGGGUGCCACACCGGCUGGAGCGGAAAUCGAGCGAGUACUGUGUGCCCGGCAGCAGCGCCUCGAAGAGGGGAGCAGACCGAUAACACGCCAGGAGAGAAAGGGACCGAUAGAGAGCCAGGAUUUUCCAAGGGCGACAUGAGAGGCUUGAUUAUUUUACUCGUCGUGGCAGCGAGCUGCAGGGCCGGCUACUUGAACCCUUCAGGUUACGCCGAGCCCCAAAUUCACCCGCAACCUGCUCCGCAGAGGUAUGCACCCCCUGCACCGGUUGGCCAAGACGGAAACGUGAUCGACACACCGGAAGUGGCUCAAGCAAAAGCUGCCCACUUCGCUGAAUUCGCUAGGGCAGCAGCCAGAGCAGCUGAAGAAGCUAAGAACCAACCCCAAACAGCGGAAUACAGCCCCCAAAUACCAUCGCAGGCUUACAAUUACCCCUCCGCUCAGCCAACAGCACCAACUUACGUCAGACAACCAAGCUACCAGUCUCCAGCACCAGUUUAUCAAUCUGGUCCAGUUCCAGCUGCAGCGUACAAUCAGCCGAAUCCCGUGGCCUAUCAGCCUCAGUACAGCAACAAUGCUAAUUACGCUGCACCGGCGAACUACGCUGCCACCGUGAAGCCCACCCCGUUCGUUCCCGCGCCACUCGCUGAUGAUGGCACGGUAAUCGACACGCCGGAAGUAGCUGCUCUUAAGGCCGCCAGGCUGGCGGAGUUGGCCGAGGCCGAAGCCAGGGCGUACAAGUACGCCCAGGAAUAUAAACCGGAAGCUCAAGGCCAAGCUUACGCUGGACCUCCGGGUGGACAAGUUCCUUACAACGUUGGACAAUACAAUGCUCCAGCAGCCACAGUGUUUCCUAAUCCAGGACCAUCGUAUCCUGCGCCUCAAUCCGCCUACGCGAAACCAUCGUUCCAACCGCAAAGCUAUCAAUCCCAACAAUUAGUUGGCGCCUACUGA